CAGAGUAUUGGUGGUUAUAGACAUCAACUAUAACUUUUAAUAUUUUCGAUCCCUAAAGUUUCAGUGAGAACCUUUAAAGACUAGAUGAGAUAACUAACAACUCCAUUAGAGCUGUAAGCAAAUUAGCAACCAUGGAUAUUCAGAAAGCUACCUUUACUAUCACUCCUCACCAUUUCCACCACCCAAUUCUUGUUUCCCCACAACAUAGACUGAUACAGCCAAGAAAAUUGCUAAAAAUAAGCCCACUUGUUUGUUCUGCUUCUCAUAAUAGUCAUCAUGUUGUAAAAGACCCAAUUUUGCAAGGAGGGAAUGAAUCUUUUGGGAAAAGUAAAGAGACCCAUUGCAAGAAUAUAAGAAAAAAGAGGGUGUUUUUCUUGGAUGUUAAUCCUAUUUGUUAUAAAGGAAGUAUCCCUUCUUUGCAAUCAUUUGCUCAUUGGAUUUCACUUUUCUUCUCUCAAGUUAGCCUCACUGAUCCUGUUAUUGCUGUUAUCGAUGGGGAAAGAGGUAAUGAGUAUAGAAGACAGUUGUUACCUUCUUAUAAAGCAAAAAGGAGGAAAUAUUGGCAACAGUUUCCACAUGCAGGAAACUCUCAAAGGAAUACGAUUGAAAAGUCACAUAGACUCAUCUUGGAUAUUCUUCAAAACUGCAAUGUUCCUGGUAGUAUGCAGGUAGUUAAGAUUGAAUCACAUGAAGCAGAUGAUGUCAUAGCCACACUUGUAGAACAGGUUCUACAAAGGGGACACCGAGUCGUUGUUGCCUCUCCUGACAAAGACUUCAAACAGCUGAUAUCUGAUGAUGUUCAAAUUGUCAUGCCAGUACCAGAGUUCAAUAGAUGGUCCUUUUACACCCUAAAACACUAUGUGGCACAGUACAAUUGUGAUCCAAGGUCUGAUUUGAGCUUGAGUAAGUAUGUCACACUCCUUUUAGGGUGCAUACUGGGUGAUGAGGUUGAUGGAGUUCCUGGAAUCCAGCAUGUUGUUCCUGGUUUUGGUCGAAAGACUGCUAUGAAGCUUUUGAAAAAGCACGGCACACUGGAGAAUUUGCUUAGUGCUGCUGCAGUAAGAUCAGUGGGGAGGCAGUAUGCACAAGAUGCCCUUAUAAAGUACGCUGAUUAUUUGCGCAGAAAUUAUGAAGUUCUUUCUCUGAAGAGUGUUAAAUGCAAUGCACUAAAAGGGAUGUCAGUAUCCAUAUUGAGGAGCAAUGGCUUAAUGAGAGGGAUGUGCGUAAUGACUCACUAGUUUUAUCCAACUUCAUCACUUUGCUGAAAGAUAGUCGGAAUCUUAAUUCGCAAAGCAGAUCUCAUUCUAAGGGUUGAAAUUGCCAGAAGAAAGAAUUCUUUGCCACAUUGAAAAGAUUAUUUAUUUAGGCUAUAAAACCUGAAGAAGGAUGAUCUUGAUGCUUCAGCAGAACUAUCAAACUAAACAAAUAGAAGAUUACCAAAUUUUGCCAGAAGAUUUGACCAGAUGAACCGAGGCUGAAUUGGAAUAUCCAAAUUCACAGAAGAAGCAAACAGUAGAGAACUUAGCUAUCGUUCUUCUUGGCCGAACCACUAAAGAAGAGACUUUUGAGGUCUAAAUGUGCAGAAGUUUGAGAUUCUUUUUGUAGUAACACUUAGAAUAGAUUCCUGUCACUAUUUUGUGCACCACAAACAACACGUGAGGUUGGCUAUAGCCUGAAAACUAACGGGGAGCUACCUGUUGUGACGAAAGAACAUGGAAAAGGCCCAACUUUUAUCCAUAUUUUAAUUCAAUAUGACUCCUAUUUGGAUGUAAUUAGCAUAAGGAUUUGAGCUAUAUAUACGGACGAUAUAAAGUUGUUUGCAUUAUUAGUAUAAUUUAACCUGGUAUAGCAAGCUAAUUAUUGUAUGUUCGUGGUUA